AUGUCGUCCCGACACCGCGAACUCGUCGCGAGAUUUGGUACUUUUCUCGGAGAAAAUGACUUCGUUUCCCGCAUUUCGAUGGACAGAGUGGGGGAGGUGAAGGCCCUCUUCAGCGCCAAGACAGUCCCGGUGGAGAGUGACGCGGAGGCCACCGCAGAGGCCGUCGCCAUUGACGCGGUCCGCCGCCGUGAUGCGCUGCGCCGGACAUGCAAUGCGGUGCUUCGGACCCGACAGCCCGACGAGCCUGUUGACGUCGGCACCAUCAUCUCUGACGAGGAGGAGCGAUUGGCCUGGAAGUUUCUCAUUGGAGCACUGACUGCAAAAAAUGCUGAGAUUCUUCGCGUCAUUGAGGCGGAGCUGCUUUGCGUGGCGGUGGACUAUCACUACGCCACCGCACGACCAGAGUUGUGUGACAUGUUCAUCCACCUGAGCGCAAGUGAAAUGUUUUUCAUUGACGGUGACUCGCUUUUCAUGGCUGCCAUUUCCCAGCAACACGUCGACUGGGAUCUUAUUCAGCCACUGCAUGUGAUGUACAACGCACAAAAGCUUCUAUAUGAUAUGCAAACCCGUGGAGCCCGUUUCCACGUUGUCUUCUUUGACAGUUUGCUGUGGAUAUGGGAGUCGGCGCCUGCAAAGCUCUUUAUGCGUGAAAAUUUGCGUCAAGGGCUGAUGGCGCUUGCGGAAACCGACACGAGGUCCGACCUGUCCGUCUGCAACUUCCCCAGCUACCACUCAGCGGAGUUUGAGGCAUACAUCAGGCAGUGGGAACCGGAGUUUAUCCUCAUGUCCGAUGGAGAGCAGCUGGGCUCACUCACGCCAUUGCAAGCCUUUUUCGUGGAUUCAUCCACAGCCAAUAAUGCUGGUGCGACUAAACAGAAGGAGGGUGACUCUGAUGACGAGGAGGGGAAUCCGUACCGCCUCAAGCGGGCCUACAGGAGCAUUGUGGAGGAUGAGGCCGUCGGCGACAAGGCGGCUUUGUACUACCGCUGCAUGCAUCUUUGGGCGGCGACACGACGGCUGAAGGUGGGAUACUCCUCCCGCAUCAUUUACAAGGAAAACGCCAUGGUGGUCUUCACAGUCCGCGUCGACGGUGUGGGGUUUGAGCGUGCAGUGACUAUUGAGCAUGACGUGCUGGCAUUGGCGCAGUCCAUGGAGCACGAGGUACAACUGCCAAUUAUUUCAUCCGCAUCGCUGGAGUUGUUGGGGGAGGAUCAGUUGUGCUACCGUGAACGGGUAGUGUAUGCCGCACUGCAUGCCUACUUGCAAGCCAGUGCUAGGAGCGAAGGGGAGAAGCAGCUCUGCCAGGCGCUUGCCCUCACUACCUACGUCGCAGGGUAUUUGAAUGACAAGUGCCGUGCACAGCGGGUGCGACCAAACGCCACUCUUGCAGGUUUCUUGCGGCAGCUGUCACCUUUCCUCCUCGCCGUCAUGCGUCACGCUGGGUGUGAAAGGACGAAUGGGCAGGCGUUUGACGUUGUUGAUGGUCACCUGUUUUCUGCCAUCUCUCAACAACUGCGUACGACGGCAGUCUGCAACUUGCUUGAUGAGUACGGCGUGGACGACGUGGCGUCCAUCUGGGGCGCCGUGGACAACGAAGAGGACACCUACAUCACCAACGAACCGUUUUCGAAACUGCCAGUCAUUGAACCCCCUGACGCGGACGAGCUGCAGUCGUAUUCGCUCCUCAGUCAUGAGUUGGUGGAUCGACUUGCAAAGGGGUUUGGAGUUUCGAAGCAUCGCGCGGAAACGCCGUACCCGCUCGGAUACGGCGCCGCCAACGAACUCGCCGGGUGGGACAUCACAACACCGUUUGACGCUCUCAAUGAUGUCACCGAUGCCGAGGGGGAGGCGAUUGCGAAGAGCACAAUGACCGAUAGAGAAGCUAAAAAGCAGCAGGAGUACCAGGAAAAGUUUGCGCGGAACGCCUUUAAGCAGGCAGAGUCAAUGGGAAUUGGCGGGUUUGCGGCGCAGGAACUGACCCAGGUGCUUUCUGACAAUGAGAAGGAUACCGAGGGCGGCGGCAACGGUGUUAAUUCUAGAAGCGCGGGAGGCAAGAAGGCGACCAAGGAGCACGCGGGGCAGCGGAAUAAGAAGGACCGCAAAAAGGAGGAUGAGAUUCGUGAGGACACGAAUGUUGUGAAUGCCACUUCCACUGUCAAGGAAUGGUGCAAGCAGAUGGAUCGCCUUUUGCGCAGCGUCGAUCCGAGUCAUGGACGCACCACCAACAGGGAUCGUGACGAGGCGAUUAAUACCAUUGAGGCAGCCCUCAAACGCCUCUCGCAGGAACGCUUCGGCAAGUUUUUUGACCCUGGCUACACGCUCGGCGACUCCACGAACACGGCAAUUCCUCUCAAACUUGAGAUGUGGCGUUUGCUGGUGGCUGCCAGUCAGCUGCGGGAGGUGGAGUUUGCCUUUGCCAUUGAGGAUCCCGCGCUGAAGGAUAGCAAGGCUGCCGCCAAGAAAAUAGAUUUGAAGUCUGUUUCUAAGCUGUUGCACGGUUUCCACGUCAUUACUCAACUUGUGGAACGAGAGACUGGUAAGGGAGGCAAGUGGGGACAACUUGAGCCUCUGCGCAAGGCAAAGUCUGACAUGACGACAGUGGAGGCGGGAUCGUAUUUGCGUUGGGUUUACCUCUCAUUUGUAGAGUUACACAUCCAGCUGAAGCUGAAGUGCCGUGUUGUGAAGCUUCUACUUGAAAACUGGCGCGCAGAACGAGAGCGCGCACGCCUGGACCAGGAAUCCCCACGGAUUGCGCUUGGCAUUCCUCUUUUUAUUUACUGCCAUCAUAAAGUGUUGGCCGUGAUUCGCGAUGAAGGACUGCGGAUAUCGCCGGAGGAUAUUGACACGGUGCGGUCUGCCCUCAUGCACUUCGAUCUUCCAGACUCCUACUACAAUAAGCUUGACCAGGCCAUUGCACGUUGGCAGAAUAUGACACUUGGAACCCUCGUACCAAGUCUUCUUCCACAGGAAAAACAGCUUUUUGAAACUCCUGAAAUGAUGCAACUAAUUCACAUGGGACACUUACUGGAGCGCCCCUUUGUGCGGAAGCACGACUACCGCGUUGCCUUCAACCCAGAUAAUUGGCAGCGGGACCUUUUAGACAUCGUUGACGGUCGUGGCAGUGCGGUGGUUUGUGCCCCCACCUCUGCUGGCAAAACCUUUAUUUCAUACUAUUGCAUGUACAAGGCUCUGCGGAGUUCAAAUAAGAAGGUUGUCGUCUACCUCGCCCCGGCACGUGCGCUUAUUAAUCAGGCGGUGGCUGAUGUUUGCGCCCGUUACGGAUCGAAGCAGUAUAAGAAUCCUGGUCGGCACAUUUACGGCGUGCUUGGCGGCGCGGAUUACCAUCAAUUCCAUGACAGCUGUCAGGUGCUACUUACCGUGCCUGAAACCUUUGAGACGAUGCUCUUGUCGCCCAAGUACACGGAGUGGGUGGAGCUGAUCGACUACGUUAUCCUGGAUGAGAUUCAUUCGAUGGAGAGCAACGGAAAUGGUGACGUGUGGGAACGCAUCUUGGCGCUGCUUCCCUGUCCUUUUGUUGCCCUCUCCGCCACGCUGGGUGAGACGCAGCAGCUGUGCAGUUGGCUCAAUCGCGUCCAGGGACGGCUGAAGGAACAGACGGAGGAGGAGUCAGGGAAGAUGCGCGACUUUGAGGUGCAUGUGUUGCCAGGCGAGGGGAAAAGCAUUCAGCGGUGGAAUGAUAUCAAAAAGUACAUUUACCUGCCGCCUCCUGGAGCCCGCUUGACGCACAAAAAGGUGAAGGCCCAGUACGACGAUCGGUACAUCCGUGAUCUUCAUCCCCUGUCCAUCCUCACCACCGACCAGCUUCAACGUGGGUUUCCCCCAGACAUUUCCCUCGUGCCCAGCGAAGUGGUAUCCCUCUUUGAGAAGAUGAAUUCAACCUUCAAUGAGGCUGUCUUGCCCAAAUGGUCUUCAUUGCAGCUCGUUCAAAACAUGCGUGGACAACUAUUCUUGCUGGAACCUGGCAAAUAUUUUGAGAAGGAGACAUACAUCACGCAGGAGCGUGCACGGCAGUACGAGGCUGAGGUAAAAAAUGCCUUUGCUUACUGGGCCGUCUUGGGCCAUGAGGGCUGCGAACCCCCAGACGGCCUUACAGUGGAGGAGUGGCAUGAAUUUAGUGCAACCAUGAGCGCGGUGGCGGAGGGCAUUCUGCGCGUCUUUGCCCAAAAGUUGAACGAGGAUGAGGCUGUACUUGAGCGCUUUGCGGCUGAAGCCAUGGAAAAGAAGAAGCAGUUGCUGCUCCAACAACACAAUCAGAAGCAGGAGGAGGCGGAGUCAGACGGGCAGGCGGAGACGCAGGGGAAGGAGGAUGAGGAUACGCUGAAGCCGGUAUCCUUUCCGGGAUCACGACAGUUCAUUCGGGAGCACAUGUUAAAUGUCUUGCGCGAACUCAUUGCGCGCGAAAUGGGUCCAAUCAUCGUCUUCAGCUUUGAAUCGGAAGACUGUGGAGAUAUUGUCAAGUACGUCGUGGAGCAACUUGAGGAGGCCGAGCUACGUUACCGCAAGACACAGGAGUUCGCUGCAUAUAAGACCCGCAUCGAGCGCGCCGCCGCCGCUCAGGAGGCACGACGGAAGCAGCGUGAAUCAACGCUUAAACAGAAGCGAUUGACAACUGGAGACGAUGGUAAGGUGGAGCUGGCCGAUCGCGGCGCCAGUGACGGCGAAGGCGAGGACGAAAUGUAUGUUGUCCCCGAGGUCCUACCAGAGUUCACCUUUCUCGGUGACAAGUGCACGGUGGAGUCUGUUGUGGUGAACUCACUCCUGGAAGAUUGCGAAGAUGAAGGAGAGGAUCUUCUUCUUCGCGCGCUAAAACGUGGCAUUGGCAUGCACCAUGCCGGUGUCAAGGGUAAACUCCGAGCACACGUAGAGCGUCUCUUCCGCGGGCGUCACUGCGGUGUUAUUUUUUCUACAGAAACCUUGGCGUUGGGUAUUCACAGCCCAUGCCGCUCGGUUGUCUUGGCAGGCGAUCAUAUUCUUCUUAACCCCACUCAGUUUCGUCAAAUGAUGGGUCGUGCAGGACGGCGUGGUCUUGAUUAUUUGGGGCACCUGGUGUUUCUGGGCAUCACGAUGCGUCGUAUCAAGCGACUCAUGACGAGCAGCAUGACAGUCAUCAAGGGAAAUGUGCAGAUGGAUCCCAUGUCCAAUCUUCGUUUGCUUCAGCUCUACGACUUCAAACUGCUUCGUCAGCUGAGGGAUGACGUAGGAUGGAAGAAGCACGUUUUAAAACUGGCAGAGCGUUUAUUUGUAAAUCCACUCUUCUUUCAAGGGCGCCACUCUGUCGAAGGGGGCAAUAUGGAGAGCUUUACGGUGGAGAUGUUGCAAAUGUUGCUUGGAUUCUUCCAACACGAAGGGUUACACUUUAGUGACCAUGCUUCUUCGCUGGGCUCACUGCUACAGGAUGUCAUGUACGUUUUCCGGGAAGCCCAUGUGGGUAACGAAGGUUUUGCCUUCAUCCACAUGCUCACCUCGGGUGCUUUUGACAAGGCACAUUACCCACCUGUGUAUGAUAAAAAGCUCAACAGCGGCGUUGUGGACGAGCCGGUCGCCGAGCUACUCGCAUACCUCUUUUCCACGCACCACACAUGCGGUGUGCCGCUAGAGAUGCAUCGUUCCGUUCUCCUUGACCCCGCCGUGAGGACACUGUGGGAAGGCAAAACAGCUUCCACGCAACACCGAGCAGUGCUUUCCCCCAUUGAUGUGUGUUCCCCCACUGUAUCCGCGCUCGAUAACACGGACUUUUUUGUGUUGCUCUCUUCCUUCUACAACUACCUGGCAUCGCAGUUGGCGCCUCAGAGCUGUGCUGACCUUCGCCUUCCCUGCAUGAAUAAUACCGAUGAGGAAUGCCGCAUUUUUGAAAAUGUGCACUUUGAUUGCCCGCUCAAAGAAAAACUUGAAGAAUCUUCCGUUCCAUACAACGCCCGGUCCCCGUUUGUUGCCAUAAGUGGUUGUGGUGACUUUUUCUCCUCCGUCGACGAUGUGACGUUUACCUUGCGCGAUGGACUCUACUGUGACCGGCGUCUGCUGCCUAUCCUCGAUGUGGUGGAUGGUUGGCGGCACGAUGGGGCGCAAAUUCUCAUCAAUGCGUGUCUCUUGGACUUCCUGCGCGCAACCGCACAGAUUGACACGACGCGAAAAAACUACCGCUUUACCCUGCUGGAGGAGCUGAACGGCCUCUCUCAGUCUCUCUCCUACGCCGUGCUGAACAGGGCUGAGAAGGUUCUUUCCAACCUGGCGGGCUUGGUACGAAAACCUAGCCUGCCGACCGCGAAGGUAUUGACAGCCAUCAUGCCUGACGAAUCAGAGCAGGGCGUUUUCAUGGCAGGUGCUCCCCGUCUGCUGGAGGUCGCAGAACGCCUGAAUUCACUUCAGCCACAAAUCCAGAAACGCCUCGCGGAGCAGUUGCGUGCGGCAAAAUGGGCGAAGAUGAAGAAAUGA